AUGUCUUCCAACGACAACACUUCUUCUCUUAAGUCGGUGGUCGACACUGCCACUGGCUAUGUCCAGUCCGGUAUUGCUGCUGUGACUGGUAGCACCGGCGACAAGGCAAAGGCCGAAGAAUACAAGAACAAGGGUGCCGCCGAGUCUGACCUUUCCCACACCGCUGCCAAGGCAGGGCCCUUCACCAUCAGCUCUACCGGUGCUCCUGCCAAAGACAGUUCCGACCGUACUCAAGGCCAAUGGGACCAGACUAUUGGCAGCGCUAAAGAGACCAUCGGCAACCUCGUCGGCAGCGAGAAUCUGAAGCAACAAGGCCGCGAACAGAAUCUGCAGGGCCAAGGACAAGAGGCUAAGGGUCAACUGAGUGACCUCGGCAAGGGCGUCAGCGAUCGCGCUCAAGGAGCUGUCGGCAGUGCCGUGGCGGGCUUGACUGGCGACCGCACCGAGCAAGCCAAAUACAACGAGAUGCACGACGAGGGCAAGACCAGGCAGCGUGGGGUUGAGUUGGAUCUCGACAAGCAGGCUGCCGCUCAACAGAAAUAG